AUGUCAUCCACGGCAGCUCUUCAAGGCCGCUUGAAGGAGCUGUCGGUCUCUCUGGGGCAACUACAACCUCUUCUUGAACGACUGCGCAAUUAUACAGCUUCUAUUGGUCAGGGUGAUGAGGCCCGCGUGGAGCUCGGGUCGGAGAUCCAUAGCCAGUUGAAAGAUGCCGAGGAAGAGCUUGAGCUUCUGCGCGUGGAGGUUGAGGCGCUAGACUCGGGCUCGGACAGUCGAAGGAAGUCUUCGGUGGCGAAUGGUGAAAAAGAAGCAGGGAGAGAACGGAUUGUUGCCAUGGCGGGGCGACUGGCGGAUGAAUUGAAGAAAACACGUGGAGAGUUUCGGAAUGCCCAAUUACAAGCCAAACGCAAUGCCGAGCUUGCGAAGCGGAAGGAGCGCGAGCUCUUGCUGUCAAGGUCGCUGUCAUCGUCUGAGCGACAGCGCCAUCCGUCGGAGAAAUUUACACAGGAUGAUUUGGUGUUGAAUGCCUCGAAUGAUGUCACUGCUGCCCUGCGCAGAACCCACAACUUGAUGCAGGCUGAGCUUUCUCGCAGUCAGUUUGCGCAAGAGACCCUUGAUCAAUCUACGGUUGCCAUCUCCUCUCUGUCUGAAUCUUACAGCAGUCUUGAUACCCUACUCGCCUCAUCCCGCAGUCUCGCAAGCUCCCUUCUCCGCUCUCAAAAAUCAGAUACCUGGUAUCUCGAAACUGCCUUCUAUGUCCUCGUCGGAACCAUCACAUGGCUUCUAUUCCGGCGUAUCCUGUACGGGCCCAUGUGGUGGCUAGUCUGGCUUCCAUUCAAGUUUGCCAUGAAAUUCGUAUUCGCGACCCUAGGUGCAGUCGGAAUGACAAAGGGAUCAACCGAACUUUCGUCCAGCCAAGUUGCCAGUGACAUCUCUGCGACCAUUCAACAAACAGCAGCGGUGGUUUCUGGAGAGCAUGUAUCAACAAAAAGUGCUUCUUGGGAAGAUCACCCAUCCACAAAUGACGAGGACCGGCUCAUUGAUCAGAUAGGGAAGAUGGUUGACGAAGGGAAACAGGAGAGUGCAAGCAAUGAUAAUAUAUUACUUGAGGAGGUACAGAGACAGGCGGAACUUCCUCGCAACACAAAGAAAAGGAUGUUCGAAGCGGAACCUGUGCGGGAUGAGCUAUAG